CAGGAGCCCCUCGAGCCGACGACGCGCUCGUCGCGGGCCGUGAGGGCGCAGCUUGCCAAUUGGCCAGUGCGACCCAGGGCGGGAAAAGUGGCUAACGGCUGCAGCUGGCCCUUGGGGUGCCGGGGAGAUGGCGUCGGGGCCGAGGGCUAUGGGGCCUGAGGACUCAGUCCGAACCAUCAGCCCCGGCAGGCGAAGCGACCAGGUAGUGACCACGCUCACCGGGGACACAGUGGCGGCAGCGACCCUGAGGAGCACCGCGAUCCCGGUGCGGUCGGUGGUGGCCUCUCCUCGCCCCGUGAAGGGGAAGGCCGACCGGGAGGUGGCCCGGCGGCGGCUCCAGCUCCUGCCCGGCUCUCAGGCCGGGGACCCGGGAGCGGGCGUCGAGGAGGAGGAAGAGGAAGAGGGGCCCCUUCUCUCUGUGCCGGAGGAGAAAAAGGAGGCGCAGCCAUUGCCCCCAGUCUGUGUGUCUCCCAUGAGAGGGAUGUGGCGAGAUGAGAAGGUGGCUGUGUACUGCGACGAGGUGCUGCAGGGCUGCAAGGCAGAAGAUGCUGAUGAGGCUAUGAGUAAAUACCUGUCAGAAAAAUUAAAGUUGAAAGACAAAUGGCUUGGAGUCUGGAAGACUAAUCCUGAAUUAUUCUUUGUGAAAUAUGAAGAAGCUUCUAUCCCUUUUGUUGGCAUACUGGUUGAGGUAACUUGUAAACCAAGCCAAAACUCACCAUCUUGUUUCAAAGUUACUGUUUCUGUUGCUGAGCCCUUUUCUUCUAACAUUGCAAAUAUUCCAAAGAAUUUGGUUGAUGAGAUUUUGGAAGAACUGGAGCACAGUGUACCUCUCUUGGAAGUGUAUCCUGUUGAAGGUCAAGAUUCUGAUAUACAUGAUAUUGCCCUGGCCCUGGAAGUUGUAAGGUUUUUUUAUGACUUUCUUUGGAGAGACUGGGAUGAUGAAGAAAGUUGUGAGAAUUAUACUGCUUUGAUUGAAGAAAGAAUUAAUUUGUGGUGUGAUAUACAGGAUGGAACAAUACCUGGUCCUAUUGCACAGCGUUUUAAAAAAACUUUGGAGAAGUAUAAAAACAAGCGUGUCGAGCUCAUCGCAUACCAGAGCAAUAUUAAAGAAGAUCCAUCUGCAGCAGAGGCUGUUGAAUGUUGGAAAAAAUACUAUGAGAUAGUAAUGCUAUGUGGAUUAUUGAAAAUAUGGGAAGAUUUACGCCUUCGAGUUCAUGGACCUUUCUUUCCAAGAAUUCUGAGGCGGCGGAAAGGAAGAAGAGACUUCGGGAAGACUAUAACACACAUUGUAGCAAAAGUGAUGACUACUGAAAUGGUAAAGGACUUAUCUUCAGACACACUUCUCCAACAGCAUGAUGAUUUGGAUUUGGCUUUGGAUAGCUGUUAUAGUGGAGAUACAGUAGUUAUUUUUCCAGGGGAAUAUCAAGCUGCAAACCUUGCUUUAUUGACUGAUGACAUCAUUAUAAAGGGAGUUGGAAACAGAGAGGAAAUUAUGAUUACUUCAGAACCUUCUCAUGACAGUUUUGUGGUGUCCAAAGCAAACAAUGUGAAACUAAUGCAUCUAUCGUUGAUACAACAAGGGACAGUUGAUGGUAUUGUGGUGGUGGAGUCUGGUCACAUGACUCUAGAAAACUGUAUAUUAAAAUGUGAAGGAACAGGAGUGUGUGUUCUUACAGGGGCUGCUUUGACAAUUACAGACAGUGAAAUUACUGGUGCCCAGGGUGCUGGUGUUGAACUGUAUCCUGGGAGCAUAGCCAUUUUGGAAAGGAAUGAAAUUCAUCACUGUAAUAACCUCAGAACCAGUGACAGUUCGAAAAGUACCUUAGGUGGAGUUAAUAUGAAGGUUCUGCCAGCACCCAAGCUGAAGAUGACUAACAAUCAUAUUUAUAACAACAAUGGCUAUGGAGUAAGCAUUCUUCAACCAACUGAACAGUUUUUUAUUGUAGCAGAAGAAGCUCUCAACAAAGGGGCGGCCGCAGGAGACAAAAAAGAUGAUAAUAUGCUCUCCAAAGUAAUGGAAAACCUGAAUCUGGAAAUGAAUAAUAAUAAGAUAGAAGCAAAUGUAAAGGGGGAUAUCAGAAUAGUCACAAGUUAAAGCAUCUGGAUUAAAGUUUUUGUAUUUCAGAUAUUUAAUAAACAAUUCUCAUAUCCCACAGAAAUGGUGGUUUUCAUUAAAUUCAAAGCUUAUUUAAUUAAAAAAUAUUUUAA